AUGAGUCCGAGGUCGAACUCUGCAGCUCAGGCGCAAGAAGAUAAAUGGGACGAGGAAAUUGCCGAGGACCUGGGCCAAGCCCAGGUCGAGCGCCGUCUGCAUGAAAUGGCAGCAAAUCCUGCCCGCCAAGCCCCAGUCAAGGUUGACGACAUAGACGAGGAGAAGCAGGAAGAAGCACUCCGACCUGAGAUCGCGGCCUUCAUUGACCUUACAGCAUUCGACAAGCCGCGGGGUGGACGGCAACGAAAGGUCCACAAAGUCCGCAACCUUUCUAUCCGAGACCCGAAUUUUGUUCUCAACAAAUGUGAACACAAUGAUCUCCUCCUCAAGCCCGGCAUCACUGUCGAGAUCGAGCCCUGUGACGACUUGUACAAGGCCUCAUUCCUCAUGAUCCAAUUCAUCAUCCAAACUCCGACAGGGGUUAAACUACGUGGUCUUCCCAUGACCCGACUAAGAAACCUCCGAGGCCAGCUUCGAAGGCUGCGCAACGAACUCUGUCUGGUUUUCCAGCUCGAUGCGGACGACGGACGUGAGAAGGAGGCGCAGGGGGCAAUUGAUAUCGAGGUGGAGAAGAUUGUGAACAUCCGAGACUGCCACUUCACAAACGCAGACUUCCCCACCUUUCGCUUUGAUCCCUACAUCUACAAGAGUGAGGAGCAGGUCGAGGCAAAGGGCCUGCUCAUGUGUCGAUGGAAGAGCAUUCGCAUCUACAAGGACGCUGCCACCCGACUGAAGAAAGGCCCCCCAGUCGAGUUCAUCCUCGAGCAUGUCAGAGAAGAUGAGGUCCCCAGAAGCCGGUUCCGGCUGCCUCCCGCUACACGACUGAACGACUGGCGUGGCGGCAAGGUGCGCGGAGGAGCCUACAAUCCUCAAGAGCCGAACGAUACCCAGGUCGUCAUCAACCUGGACGGGGAUGAGAAUGUCGCCGAAUCAGGUGGAGGCUGGAUGCCCAUACAACCCGGCCAACAGUACACGUUUGGCGAUAUGUUCUGUGGCGCUGGAGGUGCCUCGUUAGGUGCCAGGAAGGCUGGAUUCCGCAUCAAGCUGAGUUGCGACCAUAUGGGUUCCGCGUGCAGAACCUACAAGCACAACUUUCCCGAGGCCACAUUGUAUGAGGAAGACAUCUACGACUUCAUCAAGAGAGCGGAUGAUGCGGGCGUACGGGUCGAUGCCCUUCACCUAUCUCCUCCCUGCCAGUUCUGGUCUCCAGCUCACACCGUUGCCGGCAAGAACGACGAGGCCAACGUCGCUGCCCUGUUCUCGUGCUCACCCCUUAUCAAGAAGCUGCGCCCCCGCGUAUUCACCUUGGAGCAGACCUUCGGUAUCCUGUCUUCCAAGUUCGAGCAUUAUUUCAAUGCCCUUGUCCACGGCUUCACGCAGUACGGCUACUCGGUGCGCUGGAAGGUCGUCCACCUGCAGACCUGGGGCCUCCCGGCCAGACGCCAGCGUUUGAUCAUGAUCGGUGCCUGUCCUGGCGAGGACCUGCCCCCCUAUCCCGCGACUACGCACUCGGAGAAUCCCCGGCCAGGCGAUGGAACCAAGCGAUGGGUCACGGUCAAACAGAUGCUGGAUAAGAUCCCCCCAGAUCUCAAAGAACGGGACGACAUGCACAACCCCGCCAAGUUGCCCGUCAAGAACCACGCACCUUGGAACCCCAACGUCUUCCUCAAUCGGUGCAUCACCACUAACGGGGGCUUCGGAAACUACCACCCGAGCGGACUACGAGAUUUCACCCAACGAGAGUAUGCCGUCCUCCAGACCUUCUCUAUCGACUACACCUUCGACAAGAGGUUUAGAAAGAAGCAGAUCGGCAACGCAUUUCCGCCCAUGAUCGUGAAGGCCCUCCUGAAGCACAUACGGGUGCACCUUCAGGAGAUAGACCGCGUGCAUUCUCCUGAGAACGAUCACAUCGACCCGGACGACCCGUAUCUAGUCGUGAUCCACGAUGUCGACGAAGAGAAACUGCAACGUGCACGCAGAGCACAGAGCGAAGGAAGCGACGUGGUCUGUACCGGCUCCCGCCCCCUGCGCCGUGGCAGCAACGAAAGCAGCGGAAGCAUCACUGUCGCUGAUUCCGACACCUCACCGGACGAGAUGGACGUUGAUACAAGCAUGGAUAGCGACAGUCCGAGCUUCUGCAUUGACCCCGUCCAGCGACGCACCUGGGGCGUCAUCGACCUAGAAAAGGAAGACUGA